AUGCGAAGGCGAGACCGUACACGCGCGUUGCUAGCACCAGGUGUUACUAGGAUCCGUCCAGCCUCACCCGGUUUGACACCUACACUUGAACAACCAGAAUCACCUCUUCCUCCAUCUUCUCCCGCUCUGAAUUCAAUUGCAUCCAGUAGAGUCACUCCAGAACCGAUGAAAUCCCAAAAUCAAGCGCUUGGGAAGUCUGUCGAGUUACAACUGCAGAAACUCCCUGAGGCUGGGCGCGCGGCAUUCGAGGAAGAAAUCAAGUCACUCGAUGACCUAUCUCUACUAUCUAAAAUACGGGCUUACGAUGAGAAGCACAAGAAUGAGUCUUCCUUCAGGCCUCACGCCGAGCGCUUGACCAAAGGCCUUGACCUGAUCAGCAGGCUUAUGAGGGGCGUUGCUAUAGACAUACAGGCAGACCCUGCCAUAUCCUCUCCUGUCAUUGGCGCACUUCGAGUGAUUAUUGAUAUUGGUUUGGAAUUCUCAAAGUUCUUUACCAGAUUGACUGAUAUGAUCUGCGAGUUUGAAGAUUAUCUCGUACCACUGUCUGAACAUUCACAGGCGGCUGAUAUUGAGCUUGUAGAAAGUGCAGUCGUCAAUCAUACUGUACAGGCCACGCACUUCAAUCAUGCCAGAAUCACUGCACAAAGAACGGAAAGAAAAGAAUUCCUCUCCUGGGCCUCGGAUAUCGACUUUGAAGAGGUGCAUCAGAGCACAUACGCAAAGAAGCAUAGAGACACGAGCGACUGGCUAACACAAGAGCCCAAGUUCCAAGAAUGGAUGCGAAGCCCGCAUUCAUCUCUUUUAUGGUGCAAUGGAAAGCCUGGUAUCGGAAAGUCUGUGCUCAGCCACACUGAUCAAGCAACUCUGUCAAGGAAUGCAAGAUAUACCAGAGACUCUACCCGAAAUCAUGCGCAACGCUCGCUCUCCGUCUCUGCUAGGUUCAAAAAGAAUUUUUUUUUCUCGCUCACAGAGAAAUUUUCUGAAGUCUUCGUCGUUUUUGAUGCGCUCGAUGAGUGUCCAGAAGAGAGACGGGAAGAUAUCCUCGGUUUUAUCACUGAGAUGGCUAGCAAGGCUCAAAAAGAUGAGGUGGUGAGGGAAGCACUGAAAACACUACCGCAGAACUUGUCAGACACCUACGUUCGAAUUCUGGAGCGGAUUGAAAUGCAAUCUCCAUACAUGAGAGAUCUGGCAAUCAGAUGUCUUGCCUGGGUACUCUAUGCUCAGAGGCCUCUCAGAACUUGCGAAUUACAAGUCGCUCUUGCAGUCGACUUGGAAUGUAAAACUCGAAAAGAUUUACGACCCGACUCCCCAGAAGUUAUUCUUGAAGCUUGUGGCAAUCUAUUGGAGGAAGCUGCCGAAGUGAUCCGACCUAUCCACUACACAGUGCAGGAGUUCCUGACGACCGCUGCUCACGGACAAUCACAGCAUGCUAUACGAAGGCAGCUUCUGGACUUGAAAUCUGUGCACAACAUUUUGAGUCUGGAUUGUCUUAUGUACAUUGACCUGAUGUCGUUUAGCAACCCAGUUGACGCCGAAUGGGAACUUAUCCAACGACUGGACAGUCACAAUCUCGCUAUAUAUGCAUAUACGAGCUUCGACUACCAUAUUUUGAAUUCUGCGUUCGAGAGUGGUUCAACAAGAUAA